ACAAUGUCCCGGAGGAGCUGAAGGACCCGUUUUACAUCGACCAGUAUGAGCAAGAGCACAUCAAGCCCCCUGUGAUCAAGCUGCUGCUGUCCAGUGAGCUGUACUGCCGUGUCUGCAGCCUCAUCCUGAAGGGGGAUCAGGUGGCUGCUCUGCAGGGCCACCAGUCCGUGAUCCAGGCCCUGUCUCGGAAGGGGAUUUACGUCAUGGAGAGCGAUGAUACACCUGUGUCUGACUCUGAUCUGGGCUCGGCACCAAUCAAAAUGAGCUCUCACAUGGGCAUGAUUGAUGCCCUCAUGAUGGCCUAUACUGUAGAAAUGAUCAGCAUUGAGAAGGUGGUCACCAGUGUCAAGCGUUUCUCUACAUUCAGUGCCUCAAAAGAACUGCCCUAUGAUUUGGAGGAUGCAAUGGUGUUCUGGAUUAACAAGGUGAACCUUAAAAUGAGAGAGAUAACAGAGAAAGAGAUUAAGUUAAAACAGCAGCUCAUGGAAAGUCCAGGGCAUCAGAAGCCUGAUCUGCUGCAUGCCAUAUCUCACUGCAUGCUGGAGCCAGUGGAGUAUGCUCGUGUGGUGCGUUACCGAAGGGACCAUCUCUCCAGCAGGCAAUUACCUUACUUCCCUCUGCUGGAAGAUCUGAUGAAGGAUGGUAGUGAUGGUGCUGCUCUUCUAGCUGUGAUACACUAUUAUUGCCCAGAGCAAAUGAAACUAGAUGAUAUCUGUCUGAAGGAGGUGACAUCCAUUGCAGACAGCCUCUACAACAUCCAGCUGCUGAGGGAGUUUGCCAAUGAAUACCUGAACAAAUGCUUUUACCUCACCCUGGAGGACAUGCUCUAUGCUCCCUUGGUUUUAAAGCCUAACGUCAUGGUGUUCAUUGCUGAACUCUUCUGGUGGUUUGAGAAUGUCAAACCAGACUUUGUGCAACCAAGAGAUAUUCAGGAAAUAAAAGAUGUCAAGGCAGUGAUGCAGCAGAAGAGCAGUCGUCCCCCUGUCCCAAUUUCCAAUGCCACCAAGCGCAGUUUCAUGGCCAGCCCUGCCGGCACCAGCCCAGCAGACCUGCAGCCCUCAGCCCAGGCAGCCCCUGAAGCCUGCAGCAGGUACUACCUGCACCCCGAGGAGCCUGACUACCUUGGCAAAGGAGGAAGCCCUGCCUUCAGCCCUUCCCAUCCACUGCUGCCUCUGAGACAGAAGCAACAGAAAUCUUUACAGGGUGAAGACAGCCCUGGUCAUCGUCAUCGCUCCAACUCUCUGACCCGUGUGGAUGGGCAGCCCCAAGGGGCAGUGCUCGCUUGGCCAGAGAGGAAACCCAGGCCUUUGUCUCAGCCAACACCAUUUGCUCUUCAUCACUCUGCCAGCACUGAUGUGGACCCUGGCUCUGGUGACAGCAUCAGCCUGGCCAGAUCCAUCAGCAAGGACAGCCUGGCUUCAAACAUUGUCAAUGUAACCCCCAAAAAUCAGCCCCAUAACUUCCCCAUCCUCCAGAAAGCCAAUGUGAAGAGCGUACUGAGCAGUGUGGAAAUCGAGGAUGAGGAUGAAGAGCUUAUUGCAAUCAUCAGAUCUGAAGAAAGGCCGAACCGCAGCGAGCUGGAGGUGCAGAAUGCAGCAGCCAGGGUGCCCAGCAUAGCUGCAACAGCUUGGUCUCCAAAAACAAACAGUGACACCCUGGACAGCAAACCAGAGAGUUUUUACCUGGAGCCUUUAAUGCCUGCUGUCCUGAAACCAGCCAAGGAGAAACAGAUCAUCAACAAAGAGGAGGAAUGUGGGGAGGGGAAGCAGAGGAGUUUUGUAAGCAAGAGGUUAAAUGAAGGACAUUUGUCUUUGAUCCGCAAGAAAGCAACGAGCAGUCAUGGUGGACAUGACCUCAGUAGGACUUUUACUCCAAUUUCUAGCACUGAUUUCACUCCAGCUGCAGAUCCCAGUGCUGCAGAUUCAGUGGCCCUGGAAGCAAGUUUAGAAGCCUCCAGACCUUUGGCCAGUAGCAGUUUAGAUCCUUCCUCUCAGGAGGUAUCCACUGGAGGAUUUUUUCUUCAUGCUGCUCAACCUGAUGACGAGGUACCAAGUAAAGUCAACGUAAGUUAUGUGAAAGGUCUCAAUCUGCACGUUCAGGACACCUCCUGGACCAUGGUGAGACAGGACUCAGAGUCAGAUCUCCUGGACAUUGAAGACGCCGAACAGGAUUUGGUAGUCAUAGAUGACCAUCCCAUAGUCGCCAAGUACAUUGGUGAGGAAGAAUCUGCAAAACUGCAAGAAGACAUGAAGGUGAAGGAGCACGAGGACAAGGAUGAUGCCAGUGGACGCUCCAGCCCCUGUCUGAGCACCAUUUCCCAAGUGAGCAGUGUGUCCAUGGCCAGUGGCAGUGUAAGGAUGACCAGCUUCGCCGAGCGAAAGCUGCAGAGGUUGAACAGCUAUGAGACCAAGUCCAGCACAAGCAGCUCCCAGAAGACCACCCCAGAUGGGUCAGAAAGCUGCCCAGCACCACUGACCACCUGGAAGCAAAAGCGAGAACAGAGUCCCAACAGGCAGAGCAAAGAUAAUGUUAAUCUUUCAGCUUCUGAGCUGGUGCAGCUCCACAUGCAGCUGGAAGAGAAACGAAGGGUGAUAGAAGCUCAGAAAAAGAAGAUGGAAGCCCUGUCAGCAAGGCAGAGGCUAAAACUGGGCAAAGCAGCUUUCCUGCAUGUUGUUAAGAAAGGGAAAUCCCCUGACGGUCCUCAGCCUCUCAAACCAGAACAUUUUGCUAAGGAAUAUUCUCGGCACAAUGGGGAAGACUUAGAUGAAGUUUCUUUGGGUUCCAAAUCUGAGGAGUUUCUGGUGAAAGAGGAGGAGAGAGAGGAAAUGCUUAAUGAUUCUGCGGAAGUAGCAAAAGUGAAAAUGCAGGAAAGCUUGGCUUUUGCUGAGCAACACAAACCAAAAGACUCUGCUGCUAUACACGAUUUGGAAAAGAGCAAAAUUAUUUCCGUUGCUCUCCUAGAAGACAAUGUGACUGAGGUGGAUAUAAAUGAAUGUGACCUCUCCAUUGAGAAACUCAACGAAACAAUCAGCACCCUUCAGCAGGCUAUCAUCAAGAUUUCCCAGCAGCAGGAGCUGCUGAUGAAAUCCCCAACAGUGCCAUCACCAGGAACCAGAGGUAACUCUCAGGACCAAAAGGUAAAGCCUUCGAUUCACUUCGUGGAGCCUCUGUCUCCCACUGGGAUGAACAGUCUGCGGAAGCCUCCUCGGUUUGGCCAGGGCAGGACCCCUCGGGCAGGAAGACCGUCUGAGCUGAAAGUCCCCAAGGACAGGCAGCAGAACUCAGCUCGUGUUAAAACCCCAACUCCAAGCCUAGAAAACUUACCACACUUAAGACCAGUCCCACCCAACAGCUUGUCAAAGACCCCCACGGAGAUGGGCCUGGAAGGUAGUCCUGAUCAUGGAAAUGGUUCUCAAGAGAAGUGUUUCUUUGAUACCUAUAGACUCCACGAUGAGAGCAAUCAGAGGGCACUGGUUCUCUCCACCUCCAAAGAUGCAAAUAUUCUGUCUGAAAUGAGCAAGGAGGUGAACAACAGCCUGAAGGAAACAGGGUUGAAUUCUUCUGAUGGCUCAGGCAAAGAGAAUGUCCCAGUGGAUGAGCCACUGAGAAGCAAAGCUAAUCUCAUUGAAGUAGACUUGUCUGACUUAAAAGCUCCAGAUGAAGGAGAACUUGAAAACCAGGAUAGCUCCACGGAUAUGAUUAGUGAAGGGGAUCAGAAGUCUGGUGUGGGUUUCUUCUUCAAGGAUGAACAGAAAGCAGAGGAUGAGCUGGCAAAAAAACGUGCAGCAUUACUGCUGAAACAGCAGCGCAAAGCCGAGGAGGCUCGGAUCAGGAAACAGCAGCUGGAGGCUGAAGUGGAACAGAAAAGAGAUGAAGCUCGUCGCAAAGCUGAGGAGGACCGGAUACGGAAAGAGGAGGAGAAGGCUCGGAGAGAACUUAUCAAGCAAGAAUAUCUAAGGAAAAAACAGCAGCAAAUUUUGGAGGAGCAAGGGCUUGGGAAGCCCAAAUCAAAGCCCAAAAAGCCCAGGCCAAAGUCAGUCCAUCGUGAAGAAUCUUACAGUGAUUCAGGGACAAAGUGUUCUUCCACACCUGAUAAUUUGAGCAGUGCUCAGUCUGGUUCCAGUCUGUCCUUGGCCUCAGCAGCAACAACUGAACCUGAAAGUGUUCACUCUGGUGGCACUCCAUCGCAGAGAGUUGAGUCAAUGGAAUCCUUACCCAUUCUGAGCAGGAAUCCCAGCAGGAACACGGAGAGGGAUUGGGAGAAUGCUUCCACAGCAUCUUCUAUUGCUUCUGUGGCAGAAUACACAGGUCCCAAAUUAUUUAAGGAGCCCAGCAGCAAAUCCAACAAGCCUAUUAUUCACAAUGCUAUAUCUCACUGUUGUCUUGCUGGAAAAGUAAAUGAACCACAUAAGAAUUCAAUAUUAGAGGAACUAGAGAAAUGUGAUGCCAACCACUACAUCAUUCUGUUCCGCGACGCUGGCUGCCAGUUCCGAGCACUUUACUGCUACUACCCUGACACAGAGGAGAUCUACAAGCUAACUGGAACAGGCCCAAAGAGCAUCACCAAGAAAAUGAUUGAUAAACUUUAUAAGUACAGUUCGGACAGAAAACAGUUUAACGUGAUUCCAGCCAAAACCAUGUCUGUGAGUGUGGAUGCUCUCACCAUCCACAACCACCUGUGGCAAGCCAAGAGACCUGCAGUGCCAAAGAAGAGUCAGACUCGGAAAUGACACCCAGCUGGCUCCUGGGAAGAAGAUUUGUUGACUGGGAUUGCAAAGAAGACAUGUUUACCAUUUUCCUCCAGUUUGGUAUGAAAUGUGCAGAACCAUGAACAUUUUGUAGGAAGCUUUGGAACAGAGGCUGUGGAUUGAAGCUGUCAGGAAUGAAGGAAUGUUGCCAGUGUUUUUUAGGGAUGAUAAUCUGCUGUUACACCCAAUGCUAACUACUGUG